ACUCUAACGAUGCCGUACUAGCAACGUUCGUGCACUGCAUCGAACGAAGUUUGUCUUGCUGUCAGCACAUCGGAUUGUACAGUUCAUCAAUUGGAACAUACAUUACAGGCAUGGCCAGCCUCAGUAGACUGCUUGUACCCCAGGAGAGAGUUUCGUUGUCGGUAUCAACUCUUUCAACAGUUUUUUUGCCGGCCUUUGUAUCGUACCUUGCAAUGGGCGUGCUGGUUCAGCGAAAACGCACUGCAACAAUCCGCUUUGCGCUUCUUCCAGUUAUAUUGCUGUGCGCAUAUCGAGCUGGCUCGUCGCUCGAUUUUUCUUUCGGCAUUCCCAACUACCGUUUUCUCAAUCAAGGCUUAGUUCUUGCCACAUUCACCCUUUCGAUGCGAUCGACUGCUUGGGCUUUCGCAAAAAAACCAUACAAACGAAUGACUUUGGAACCAAACAAAAGUUUCCACGGUGAUACCAUGUCAGGCAACACAAGCAACCAGUUUACCAACAUUGAGAAUACCCCACUAUUUACCGCUACCUGGAACGUGUGGGAUCUAUCAGUUAACCUUCGCGGGAUUGGGUGGGAUUGGGCGGAAGGCUUACGCAUUCCAGAGAGCAGUCUUGGAGCAAAGUCAACAUUGGAGUUCCUGCUCAUCACUCUCGCGAAGCUACUGUUCUAUGCGCUCGCAUUUGAUGCUACCUCUGGAGCCGCUCGCGAUUUUUCUCCAGAAACAUUUGGAUCAAUUGAAGGGGGCACAAUAUUUGACCCAUCGCUGCCGCCUCUCAGUCGCUAUACCCGGUCUACUAUCAUUACGAUCCUCUCUGGUUGGACAGCAUAUUUUGUGAUUGAAUUGGUGUAUCAGAUACACGCUAUUGAGUUCGUCUUGUUAUUCAGACAAGCACCGUCUCAAUGGCCGCCCUUGUUUGAUGCUCCGUGGCUUUCGACAUCGUUGACCAGUUUUUGGGGUCACAAGUGGCAUCAAUUAUUCCGGGAGUGCUUCAUAUCAGUCGGUGCUCGACCAUUGUCAUACCUCCUUGGUCGCACUGGAGGGGUCGUGGGCGCAUUCCUCAUCUCAGGCGCUCUGCACUAUUUUGGAUUGAAGGCAAUGGAACGAGGUGGCCACCCUGUUGUUGUGUUUGGGUUCUUCAUGAUGCAGGCCAUCGGCCUAAUUCUUGAAGGCAUAUGGAAAAAACGUACGGGCUUACGUGUCGAUGGAUUUUUGGGCUUGUUGUGGACUUGGCUCUGGGUGGUCUUUUGGGCCAACUUCAUGGUUGAUGUAUGGGGGAGAGUUGGUUUGGUCGGGUCCAAGUUCUUUCCCGACGACUACAGACCAACAGUCUUACUUGUCCACUGGUUGGAAUAUUAUUUUAUGUAAUGCAGAAGCAAUCAACGAGGCGCCUAUAAACAGAGCAGACAUCAAUAU